CUCGCGCCCGGGCAUGUACAUCUGCUGCGCCGUGGCGAUCUGGGGCUGCAUCUCGGCCGCGACGGCGGCAGUCAAGAGCUACGGCCAACUGCUCGCCGUACGGGCCAUCCUGGGGGCCGCCGAGGCAGUCUUCUUCCCAGGCGCCAUCUACUUCCUCUCAGCCUGGUACACAAAAACGGAGCUGGGGAAGCGCAUCGCGGCGCUGUACAUUGCGCAGCAAGUUGGCAACGCCUUUGGCGGGCUCUUCGCGGCCGCCGUCCUCAAGCUAGACGGCGCUCAUGGCAUCGCCGGCUGGCAGUGGCUGUUUAUCAUCGAGGGAAGUGCGACGGUGGGCAUUGGUAUGAUCUGCGCGUGCAUAAUGCCCGAGUUCCCCCACAACAGUCGCAUACUCUCACCGGUAGAGCGCGACCUCGCCGUGUGGCGCAUCGAGGCCGAAGCCGGUGCCGCAGAGGGCAGCAGCGAAGCAGAGAACAACGAGAACGAGAGCGCCCUGCGCGGUUUCUCAAGCGCCCUAUCCGAUCCCAAGCUGCUACUCCUGAUCUUCGCGAACAUGGUUUCGCAGACGCAGGGCUCUAUUGCAAACUACUUCCCCACGCUCGUCGAGUCACUCAACUUCUCCAACAUGAUCAGCUUGCUUCUCACAGCGCCGCCAUACAUCCUAGCCGGCGCAAUCUACUACUGUAUCAUGUACUACUCCGACCGCAAGAACACCGUCUACCCAAUCAUCCUCAUAUGCGCGGCCGUCGCAAUCAUCAUGUACAUCAUCCCAAUGGCAACAGCCAACGUGGGCGCGCGCUACUUCUCCAUGAUGAUCCUGCCCACUGCGUCCGUCGGUCCACAGCUCCUCCUAUUCAAAACAAUCAAUCUCCAUCUCGCACGGCCUGUAUCGAAACGUGCGGCCGCCUCGGCCUUGGUCAAUGCCAUUGGCGGGACGUCGAACAUCUGGGCGUCAUAUCUGUAUUAUGCGCCGCCGCAUUUCUUUGCUGCUUUUGGGACGUUGAUGGGGUGUGCGGUUUUGCUGGCUUGUACUAUGACUGUUUAUCGGUGGCUUGUGCUGCGUGAGAAUAGGCGUUUGGAUUCGGGUGAUCCGGGGUUGAUUGCGAAGGUCGUUAAGGGGGGUGUUACGGAGGAGAUGGUGCAGCUUAAUUGGCGUUAUGAGAUGUACUAACUCAAGUCACUAUAAGGAUCUAACUAGCUUACACUGGAAGAAAUAUUCUUCAUAAAUAAUCGUGUGCAUUAUAAUAAUCAUAACAAUGAUGCUUAA